AUGGCGCUCAGGGCACGGCAGGAGCAGCAGCUCCACCUCGCCAUUGCCCUCUAUCUCGAGUCGAAGUUUCCAGAGGCCUACAGGGUCUUUGAACGAGAGGCACAUAUCGACUUUUCUGCUGCCAGCGCCACCACUCGCGGGGAGGAAAAGUUUGACGGCGAAACUCUCCCCAAGCGAUGGGCGGCUACUGCGCGUCUACAGGCUCGUGUGACGGUGCUGCAGCGCCAGUUGCAGCAGCAAGAGCAACAGUUGAGUCUCUUCACGUCUGCGGCCGCUGGGUCGGGCAGCAAGAAGACUGCGGGUCUCCCAAGUUUGAAGCCUUCUUACGUCUUGUCAGCGCAACGGCAGCCCGUCACCAGUUGCGCUUUUCACCCUCUUCUUCCCCAACUUUUGGUGGGGGCAGACGAUGGCAACGUUCGUGUCAUACACAUCGAGGGGAACCUCAGUGCCACCAUCUCCAAGACCUUCAGAGCCCACAGCGCCUCUGUCACGGAUCUGGCGUUUGACCCUUCGGGCCGCUGGUUGGCAACGUGUUCAAGUGAUAUGACCCUUCGUCUGUUUGACGUCCAGACGAAUUACACACUGAAGGAAACUUUGCAAGGUCACGAAGACUCAGUCUCGGCCGUCGUAUUCUUCACAAUGGAAAGCAACAAGUCUGCGGCUGCAUCGCGUCCGGGGGAGCUGCGCUCUCUUUCCAACAGAGGGACGUCAUCUCCCCACCUUCCUCCUGAAGGUGCAGCGUCUGAAGACAGCGCGUGCAUCCUUUCUUGCUCCCGCGACGGUUGCAUAAAGCUGUGGGAUGCGCAGUCUGCCCUUUGCCUCAAGACUUUCUCGUCCUCAGACUCCUCGGGUGGCUGGGGAGGCGGGUCUGGGCUGGGGACGGGAGGCGCAUGGCUGCGCUGUCUCUGCGUGCCAGAGAAAAAGCUGCGAGCUGCUCCUUUUUUCGCUUCUGGCGGGAACGACCAAAGGAUUGUUAUUUGGCGGCCGGAUUUCUCCUCAUCGGUCCGCGAGCUCACGGGCCACGAGCACGUGAUUGAGUCAGUUACAUUUGCAACGGAGGCGAUGCUUCGCCAUCUGCAUGCGCACAAAAAGGCGCCUCCCCCUUUGCCCGCCUCCAUGCUGGAUUUAAAGACUCUGCAAGACGCGGAACGCGAAGAGAGGGAGUCGCAUAUUCUGCGAGUUGCUGGCCUUGUUCUUAUUUCCAGCAGCCGCGACAAAACCAUCCGCAUUUGGGAUGUUAUUGGAGGCAGCUGCAUGCAGACCCUCAUAGGUCAUGACAAUUGGGUGCGUCAAGUGGUAGUCCAUCCGACUGGCGAGCAUGUCAUAUCAUGCAGCGAUGACAGGACUAUCCGGACUUGGAACGUGCUGACAGGGCACUGCGAUCGGCUCAUAGAGAGGGCACAUUCCCAGUUCGUUACGUGCCUAGCCUACGACGCAAAGGCCGAUCUUCUGGCCAGUGCCUCUCUGGACGCGACUGUAAAGCUAUGGACCUGCAGAGAUAGCAGCGGAGAAGAUGCAGCGGAAUCAGGCGGCACAGUCGACGGGACGGCCCCUUCCCCGAAGGAGGAAUACGCAAGAGAGACAGAGGGGGAGGCACCCUUUGCUGGACACGACCCCCAUGGCAAACAUUGUCUUCAGCUUGAAAGCCGCUUGCGUCAAUGA